AUAGCGCACCAACACGCGGCAGGUGUUUUGAAAGAGGCAACUUCACAGGGGGCGGUUCUUUUCCCUUACGUUCACUUCCUCCUUUCAUGCACCUUUCCAGACACUCAUUCGCCUUAUUUCUUUACAGCUUUUGUUACGAAGAACAAGGCAAUAGUCUAAUUAUUCUAAAUUCUGAAGUCUUGCACUGUCAUUGUGCAGCCACCCCAAGGUAUGACUAUUGCACUUGCGAACCGUCUAAACACAGCAUCUGCAGUUCAAUGACACUGCCAGUUAAAAUCAAUACUGUCGCCGCGGGUGCCUCCUUUCAAUGGGGUUCAGUGCCUAUAUUCAAUCUGUUUCAUUUUCUGUAAACAAAAAUGAUCGAUUCGAGAAGAUUCAAAUUAAGGACAAUACCGAGAUGAAAACAGGUAGGCUAUGAAGUUCAUUUACCAUGUCUAAGGCAGCGGUGAAGAAGCUGCACUGGCGCUCCAAGGUGCUGGAGACCUUCGUCCCUCUGCUGGGCUCCUCUGGGGACCUGGGUGUGGCCGUCGGAGGUGGGGCUGACUAUGGAGAGUUCCCAUUUGUCACCUCCGCUCCUGGGGGAGGGCUCACAGUUGGCAAUGUCAUCCUAGAGAUUGGAGGAACACCUGUGCUAGGAAUGACGCUGGGAGAUGUCCGUGGUGUCCUCAACUCCUGUGCCCAUCCUGUUCGCGUCAAGACUGUCUCCCCAGGCUCUACGCUGUGCCGGGAUCUCAGGUUGUAUUUGAGCAAGUGCUUCACUCCUGGCUCCAUGGACAGCCAGCUGCAGCAGGUGAUUCGGGAGAACCUCUACCUCCGAGCAGUUCCCUGCACAACCAGACCGCCAAGGGACGGGGAGAUCUCUGGGGUGGACUACAACUUUGUCUCCAUCGAGGAGUUCUUUGCCCUGGAGGAGUCAGGAGCUCUGCUGGAGAGCGGCAAGUUCAAAGGGAACUACUACGGCACCCCCCGGCCGGUGCACAUCGGCCCAGAGAGCCCCCCCAUCACCUACCAGGAGCACCGCAAUCUGCUCAGGAAGUUCCGCACGCGCAGCAAGUCCCUCAGCAACCUGGAGAAGGCUGCAGACGAGGGGGACGACAGCGAAGAGGACUGCGGCCUGGCAGGCAGGUGUCCCUCAGAUAGACUGCUGCGGGGCUCUGCGGGCAUCAGGGGUGCUCCUCCAGCCCCUCUAUCCUCCCCCAGGGGCUCCAGUGGGGGGGAUGGCUGUGCCAUGGAGAACGGAGGCAGCAGCAGCAGCAGGUUGCAGGCGGUGAUGUCCGAGAACUGGGAAGUGGCCUUCAGUGAAACAGGAGAGCCUUACUACGUAGAUCACCACUCAAAGACCACCAGCUGGCAGGAUCCUCGAGCCCAGAGGAGAGAGUCUGUGGACACAAACGAAUUGGCAGGGUUUACAGAGCAGCCGGCAGAGCUCAGGGGCUUCUCUGUCCACACGCGGCUCUCCAAGGGCUCCCGGGGCUUCGGCUUUAACAUCGUAGGGGGCAGCAGACCCAGGGAGUUCCUCCAGGUCUACAGCGUCACUCCAGAGGGGCCAUCUGCACUCAACACAGCUGACAUCCUGGUCUACAUCAACAACACGUGUGUGCUGGGCGUGUCUCAUAAAGAGGUGGUGGAGAUGCUCCAGUUGGUGCCUGUGGGCCACAAUGUGGACGUGGUGGUGAGGAGGGGCUACCCCAUGCUGUACAACCCUGACGGCUGUCCCAAGCAGCCCCCUCCAAGGCUACCGGACAGCAGGGACCCCCUGCUGCCCCCCACAACCACACAGCCCCAGCCUCUGCACCAGCGCCUGCCUGCCCUCCUCCCCGCGCCGUCCCCCUACACCUCUGCUCAGCACCUUAACCUCAACGGGGUCUACCAAGGGGGCUACCUGGGCUUAGGAGUGGGGUCGGGCUUGGAUGCCAAUGGAAAUGCCCCCCUCCUAGCCCCCCGACUGCCCGCUCCCUCCUCCAGGCGCUCCAGUGCCAGCUUGGCCCCCUCCACUGCGCCCUCCCGCCCACCCCGCUCCCUGCGGGGCCUUCCCAGGCUGCAGCCCCUCGACAAUUCCCUGGGUUGCCAGAGUGACAGUGAAGUGGUCUCCGCCCUGGGCUCACACAGGGCAUCAAUGAUUCGCAACCAUAACAACAAUACCCUGUCAGCGCCCCAUCAUGCCCAGCGUUACGGUAACUGCAAGUCCUCGGAGAGUGACCUGUCCACCUGCACCCUCCCCGUGUCACGGCUGCCCGUCCCCCAGUCCCCCCAGAGACCCUCCUCCUCACCCAGGGGGCCUAGGGGGGCUUACUCCCGCCUCAUCAGACCCCAGACCUCCCUCCUCAGACCCCCUCCCACCCCUGACAGCCCACAAAACUCCUUCAAUGGCUACCAUGGCAACACCAGUGGCAGUGCCAGCCCCAGCAGCAUGUCAUCUCCGGGAGCAAUGAGUUUGGGUAGUGGGGGAGGGGGUGGGGGUGGAGGGGAGUUGGUGCCCGUCGCCUUGGCCCAGAAUGAGGGGGGCAGGGGGCUGGGCUUUGGUGUGACCGCAGGGGGCCAAGGUGGCCAGCUGGCUGUGGUCAAGAGGGUGUGGGACAGGAGGCAAUGCUCCUCCCUACAGCCCGGAGACGUCAUUGUCAAAAUCAAUGGAGCUGACAUCCAGAGUCUCAGCUUUGCACAGGUUCAAAAGGUCCUUCAGGAACACACCAAACUAGGAGAGGUGGUCUUAUUGGUUUACAGAGGGGGCACCUACCAUCCUUCCAUCUCCCCCAACUCCAUAAGAAGACUGCCCCCACCUCUCCUCCGUCCCCCACCUCCCCCUGCUGCCUCCGACAACCCCUCCCCACCAGCACGCACCCAGCCCCUGUCACGGACCUCCGUCACCUCUGCCUCCUCUGCGACCCCACCUCCCCAUGCCCCCGGCCACACCCCUAGACGGGGGCACUCCUCCCUGGUCCAGAGCACCAGCUUCCUGGAGUCUGUGCCCGUCACCCUCACCAUGGAGCCCAGAGACUGGCAGAGUGUGGGUCUGGAGGAUGAGGUCGAGAGAGGGACAGCGCCCCCUGCGGCAGGACAGGAGGGAGUGGGACGGGCGCGCUUGCCCAAGGGAUUUGAGGUGGAGUUGAAGAGGAAAGCGGGAGAGGGCUUUGGAUUUGUCAUCGCUUCACAGGAUGUGGAGAACGGCAAGGCCACUUCUCUACUCCCUCACCGGUUUGUGACGGUGCGUCGAGGCAGCCCGGCUGCCCGGAGUGGUCAAAUCCGCCCGGGUGACCGGUUAGAGGCGGUGGGGGGACGGUCGGUGCUUAACCUGCCCCACCGGGAGCUUGCCCACAUCCUGCGGCGAGCUGGAAACACUCUGCGCCUCACCAUCGUCCCCCGGCCCAGCACCUACUCCUCUAGCCUAUCAGAGUCCACAGACUACGACCCUAAUCACAGAAUCAGGAAAGGUCAUAGGUCUCGGCCCAAGCAUGACUCUAGGUAUUACAGCGUUGACCUGGACCGUGGCCCAACAGGCUUUGGCUUCAGUCUAAGAGGGGGAAGUGAGUACAACAUGGGCCUGUAUGUGCUGGGACUGAUGGAGGGAGGACCUGCCUCACGGAGCCAUAAAAUACAGGUGAGUGACCAGCUGGUGGAGAUCAAUGGGGACAGUACGGUGGGGAUGACCCACAGCCAGGCGGUGGAGCAGAUACGCAGGGGGGGGCACCGCAUCCACCUGGUCCUCAAGAAGGGCAACGGUUACGUCCCUGACUACGGCCGUGAGCGCAGAGUCACCUCCCCUCCCCGCCCACAGCCCCCCCAGGAGCAGGGUCUGGCUGCAGUAGGCCCCACCCACAGAAGGAGCCACCAAGCCAAGACCAAGAGAAGAGGGCGGUCUUCACAGGGGCAAGGGAAGAGGAGAGAGGGGGGCUCAAGAAGGAGGGGGGGGCGGCGGGAUUCAGGGAAAGAGGCGGGGUCACGAAGAGAGAGCCCGACCUCCGAGUCAGAGGAGGAGAAUGUCAGCAGAGGACAGAGGGCCGAGAGGACGAGGGACAAAGUACGCUCUCAGAGUUUACCUAGAGAGGCCCUCAGAAACCUCCGCAAGGAGGACACAGAACAGGAAGCAGAUGAGGAGGAGGAGGAGGAGGAGGAGAGAGGGAGGAAGGAGAGCAGAAAGACAGACAGGAAAAGGAAAAGCAAAAGUGAAGACAGAGUUGGUAAGAUUGAGUCCGAAAAGAAAAGAGAGGAUGAGGAGGAUGAGGUGGAGGAGGUGAUGGAAAAGGAGCAACCUGAUGCCAUUUUACCCAUCCCUUUCCAAAGACUGCCCAAACCCAAACUAGACUGGGAGGAAAGGAAGGAGGAUUUGAAUGAGGAACAGAGUGAAUGGGAGACGAGAAGAGAGAGGUUAUGGGAGUAUGAAAUGAUGAGAGGGAGUGAUGGUGAAAGGGGAGAGGAGAGAGCGAUGGACAGGGAUCGACUGAGGAGAGAGGAAGACGAGACGAGCGAGUGGGAGGAGAGGUCCCAGCCUGGUCUGGUCUCCCGUGGUCCGGUCUCUCCUGGUCCUGUGUUGAGUCCUAGGCCACAAAGAGACCACUUAUCAUUCCUCACGUCCACACAGCUGGAGAGCGCCGAGUCGGAGUCUGGAGACAGCCUCUCCGAUGGCAGCGUGUCUGCUGCCAGUGUGUCGGGCCUCUCCCUGGCCCCGGCUGGGGGGGCCAGGCUGCUCCCUGGUCCCUGGCUCCCUCCCAGCUCCCCCAGCAUGGCCCAGCUCAGACAGGAGAGGAGGCUGGCUGGCGGAGGAAGAGGAGCUGUUUCGUGACUCAGUGUCUCAGAAGC